AAAAGAUCAGGCCUCGCGAGUUGUCAUGCACCCCCGUCGUGUAGCGAUACAGCAGCUGCCUCAUCUGCCAGUGCCAUCAGGGCUGGGAGCCGCGUGCAGAGGAGUGUGGUCGUCGGCACCGCGCCAUGCAGUGGCAGGCGGUGGGGGCCGUGUGCGUCAUUAUCACAACUUCAGUGUGGACAUUGGCCCGGUGCCCAUCGACGUGACCAUCCAGCCGCUGCAGCUCUUCUCCGUCAAGGGAGAGGGAUCUGCCGAACACGUCAUGAAGGUCAGAAAGAAAGGACUCUCAGAGGGGAGGGAGGAAGACAGAGGCACACACACACACACACACACACACAGACAGCCAGCCGCCGCAGCACAGACCGCCUUCCUUCCACCCGCCCUGAUCCUUCCUGUGCGUGUCUGGUAUGUGUGUGUGCAGAUGGUUCAGGACGAUCAGCCCAAGAUGGUGCUGUUGUCCAUCGACGAUGACAUGUACGACGUCAUAUCCCGCUCGUUCAACAGAGGGGUGAGGCAACGAGCCAGCCACCAGACCACGCCAUGCCACCUGGCAAAGGGAAGAUCCCACCCUGCCUGUGUUUGUCGAUUGCGUCUGCCUGCACAGGAUCUCUUUGCAGCUGGUUAUACAGAGCCGGUGAGUGAGUGAAGGGUUGAUUGACUGACGCAGACAGACAGACAGACAGACAGGACCAUUCCAUUCCCCCACCCACUCGCCCAUCCAUUGUGUGUGUGGUGGUUUCUUUGUGUUGUGCCUUUCUUUGUUUCUUUGUUUGUGCCUCUAUCUAUCUAUGUAUAAUAGAUCUUUGUGGUGAUGCAGCGUGUGCAGGGUGCGUGGAUCCCCACCAUCCAGCGCUGCCUCCUCGACAAGAUACCCCAUUUCUGCAUCGUCAGGGGACAGGAAGUACGUACACUAAUCACAGCACACCGAAGCAAAGACAAGACAAGACGGACGGGAGGGAGGGAUGGCAACACUAAGGCUGCCUGGGAGGCUGACGCACCACGGACAGACAGACGGACAGACAGACAGACAAACACAUGCCCUCACCAGAGUGGAGUGCCUGUCCUGUGUGUGUUGUGUUGUGUGAUGUGUGCAGAAAGCCAUGAUGUCGGUCUUUUCCAACCUCUCCUUCAAGCCGAAAGAAGUCGCGGUAAGCCACACACCCCCCUUCCCCCCACCCCCCCCCCUUCCCACCCCUCCGUCCGUCCAGCGAACUGUCGAGCACCCAACGGGCUGGGCUGACGCAUGGCGUGGCGUGGUGUGUGUAUGUGUGGCUGCCCUGCACACAGGUCCAGUGGCUCACUAUGCUCCUUAAAAGAAUGCCCUUCUUGCUUGUAAGACAAGACACACACUUUGACUAAAUUGGGUGGGUCGUGUAUCGUCCCCCCCCUCCGUCUCUGUCGAUGUGUGUGUGUUUGUGUGUGUGCAGCCGCGUCUUCACGAGUACUUCAACGCCAGGUGGUUUCGCAAGUACGCCCCCACCAUCUACAGGGCCCAGUUCAAAGAAGAGUAAGCAAACCACUCAACAUACCAACCCACCUCAUCUCAUGCAAUUCACGACAACACACAGACAGGACAGGACACGCCUUAUCAGUCUGACUGCCGGUUGUCUGACUGUCUGUCUGCCUCAGCUGCGAGUACAUGUGCGUCAAGGCGCACCACUUCAUCCGCCAUGCGGUGCUCGCCGGCCUCAACCCCAGGAAAUGCCCUCCCAUGGAAACCGAAUUCGGAGAAAAGUCACACACACACACACACACUGACUGUGGCGAUGGACGGAUGGAUGGAUGUAUGUACUGGAUGCAUCCAUCAAUCAGGGUGAUCCUCCGUAAGAAUGACCGUGUGUUGCUGGUGUGUCACGGCGAGGACUUUCCCCUCCUCAGCGCCAACCUCCCCCUCUACCUCAGCAAAAGUACACACAGACACGAUGCACACACACAGCAAGCAAAGCAAAGCAGAGCAAAAUGUGAAGGAAGCAAGGAACGAAUCUCCGUGCCUCCCUGUGUGUGCGUACUGCCUGCUGCCAUCCAUUUAUCCAUCCAUCAGUGCAACUCCACGAGCCCAACAUGAAGCGCGUGAAGCUCAUGGACGCCCCGGUGCGAACACAUGUGCAAUGGCUGCCAUGGCAUGACUCAACCAACGAAAGUACCGAGACCGACCGUCAUUCAUUGUGUUGUGUAUUGUGUGUGUAGGCCAGCGGCAGAGCUUACUGGACGCACUUUGUCUACGUGUACCUGCCCAACGCCUACUUGGCGCUGUAAGCAAACACACACACACCAAUCAACCAGCCAACCAUCCAGGAGCGCGCUCACCUUACCUUGCACCCCUCAAUGCGCCUGCCUUUCUCCCUCCCUCCCUCCCUGUCUGUCUGCCUGUCUGUUUGUCUGGCAUCUGUGUGUCUGCAGUGGCAUAAUAUCUCUGAUCACCACAGGGUACUGGAGCUUCUACGGUACGGUCAUCAGGCCAACCAAACUCCACAUCGGUCAGGAAACACACCAUCCCAACACACACACACACACACACCGUGCGGCAGUCAUAUAUUCGCUCAUUGCCUGCCUGCCGCCCCGUGUGGUGUGUGCAAUCCAAUCCAAUGAUCAGGUGGCAACCGUAUGUUGGAGGAGGAGCUUGUAGCGUUCGAUUCGCAGCAGAACUACGCGGCGCGCAGCCUGGGUGUGCGUGUGCCCGAGAUAAGGGAAGACGCCGAGAAGGAGAGCAAGGUGGACAAGCGGCACUUCAUAGACAAGACCCGGGAGGAGGAGAAGAUCGAGUACAUGGGCAACUGGCCAUUCAGAUGGGAAAGGGACCUAUCCAGGGACUGACUGAUGACUGAUGACUGAUGACUGAUGACUGACUAAGUUACCUACCGGGAAGAGGGCUGUGUCCCGUGCCGUGCAUGUUUGUCUCUGCACAGCGUCUUUAUCCGUCUCCAUCCAUCCAACGGUCUCUGCUUCCGUGUGUGUCGUUUGUUGUCCGCCCUUCGGUGCUGCUGCCUUUGCCAUGCGCUGUGGCGGCACCCUCCGCCACACGCUGGCUGCACGUUGGGCGUGUGGUGACGUGUGUCGUGGGCGGGGAGGGUUUGACUUGGCAGCACUGCACUGCACGAGUGAGGCACGGACUGGCGAUUGACAGACUGUAACAUUUACAAGCCCA